AGGUACCACAAAUUAUUGUUUACAUCAGCAGACCGGAAACGGUUUGAAGCGUCAUGGCGAACGCGUGUUGCAGCUUGGUGGCUUAAAGACGGGAAGAAUUUGGGUUUUUAAAUCUUAGCUGAACCCUGCAUUGAGCUCCGAUGUCCCUGCAGGGGGCGGUCAGGAGGAGCUUCAUGGCUCUCCAGGACCAGCGGGCGGCGUGGAGGAGCGUGCUGGUGGAGUGCGACCCCCUUAUGGAGUCUCUGGGGAACCUGGGGCAGCAGAUGAAGGCUCUAUCCCGGGUCCGGGUCUCCGACACGCCGCUCAGGGCGUUCCCGGACCUCCAGGAGCGGCUGCAGUUCCAGCUGCUGCAGGCUGUGGACCUGCUGCUGCAGAGACUCAGGGACAGGAUGUCCCGCCUCCAGGCCAUCAGGGACUCCGUUGGCGGCCAUGUUUCUGCCGUCCUGCAGCUCUACCAGGACUCCGCAGACAGUCUGGAUGUUGCCGUGGCGACGCAGCGCUCCUCUGUCGCUCCAUCGCUCGCCGACAUGUUGGAGUGGCUUCAGGACGCCGAGCGUUUCUACAGACGGCAGUUCCUGCAGAGGAAGACUCUGCUGCUGACGCUGAGGCGGGACGAUCGCGCGCAGCUGGAGGGCGCGGCCAACGCCUGGAGGAGUCUGGACUCUCCUGAUGCAGAGCAACAAAUCACAGAUAAUCUGUGCAGACUGGCCUUCUUCCUGGAGGCCCAGUGAUCCGACCUCAGACCCGCUACUGGAUCAGAACCGGCUGAACUGAUCGGACCCAGAAAGAGACACGGCUUCAGGUCUGAGCUGGUUUAUUGGACCACAGCACACGCUGACACAUCAGGGAUGAACACAAACCAGAGAAACGGAUCAGGAACCGGGAACGAUCCCAACGCACUGCAAAAACACAAAAUAUUACCAAGAAUUUCUGUCUAGAUUCUCCUGCAGAAAUAAAUCAAUUAAUCGCAUCAUAAAUUAUAAUAAUUUCUAUUCUGAUGGAAAUGAUGCAGUUUUGUUUAAAGAGAUUUUAUAAUCCAUUUGUUUAUUUAUUGUUUUUGUGUUUUUUUAAUAUUUAACAUAUCUCCUAGCACAAGUCUUUAGUGUUCUUUUAAUAAAAUUAAAAUUAAUUUAUCAAUUA